AUGUUUAACCUCACCUGUCCCUCCGACGCCAGGCGCAAGGCCACCAAGAGAGCCUCGCGCGUGAUGUCGAGCCUCAAAAAGACCCUCUGGUCAACCCUCUCCGAGACCCCCAAGCAGCAUCUCAAGGAGCAGAAGCCCAAAUACCAGCUCUGCAGCAACCCCAGCAUCACUGUUACAGAUACGGAGACCGGAGAGGAGUGGGACUUCAUCGAUCAUGAUGAACUUGAUGGUGAUCUCGCGAACAGCGAUGACAAUCGCACUUUGAGAGAGGAACUCGAGAUCAAUGCGCGCGAACAGGAGAAUCUCCUAGAGACAUGCUGGAUGUUCGACGAAACUCGCCAGUACCAGUGGAACAAGAGAUCUCUCGACGGCGGCAGCAUCGCCUCGAGAUUGAUCGUAUAUAUUCUCUAUCUCAACCCCAAAUCUCGCUCCUUUCCUCCACUCAUCCUCGACAUCACUCACAACCGGAACUUCCCUGAGAUCAGCAACCAUCGACACCAACCUACCAACGCCAGACUCACAGCAACCUUUGGACCUCUUACACCACGACUUCUACGACACCCCUAG